CGUGCCAGAAAGCAGGUGCUGCUGUCCCGGCCGGAGCGCGCCUCCCCAGUUCCGUGCGCCGCUCGCCGCUGCCUCUCGCUCCAGUCGCGCCCGCGGGGGCCGAAGGCGGCGGGUCGCCCGGGGAAGGGCAUGUGGCAGACGCCUCCCCCCUGGCCCGCUGCUGCCCGCGCGUCUCGCCAGCCCUGAGAAGAUGGAGCGGCGGCUGGCGCUGUGGCUGGGACUCCUGAUGCUCCGCGGGGACCCCGUGGGAGCCACCAAGGAGGAGUGCCUCACUGGGCGCUUUACCGCCAGUGGGGAAUGCUGCAGAACCUGUAAUCUCGGGGAAGGCGUCAUCCAGCCCUGUGGGGUGAACCAAACCAUCUGUGAGCCAUGCCUGGACAGUGUGAGCUAUUCGGACACUGUGAGUGCCACGGAGCCAUGCAAGCCAUGCAAGGAGUGCGUGGGCCUUCAGAGCAUGUUAGCACCCUGCGUGGAGUCCGACAACACUGUCUGCAAAUGCAUUUACGGCUACUACCAAGACGAGGACAGCGGCGACUGCAAAGAGUGCACCGUCUGUGAAGUGGGCUUUGGCCUUGUGUACCCAUGCAGUGACACUCAGAACACAUUUUGCGAGGAAUGCCCCAUGGGGACCUUCUCGGAUGAUGCCAACCAUGUGGACCCCUGUUUCCCGUGCACCAUUUGCGAGGAGAACGAGAUCAUGACCAAGGAAUGUACUGCAGGAUCAGACGCGGUGUGCAAAGAAAUCCAUCCACGGUUUUCAGCAACAACCACAUUCCCAAUGGAGUCCAACACUGACGAUACAGAACCAGAUAUUGACGAAGACUACAAUCUAGAGAGUUCUGAGAGCCCACUUCCUUUCACCAACGAUCCCAAUGAACUGGAUGGUUUCGGCAGCACCGUAGCCGGCACAGCGACCACGGUGAUGGGAAGCUCUCAGUCCGUUGUCCGAAGUGGCACACCGGACAACCUCAUCCCUGUCUACUGCUCCAUCUUGGCGGCCGUGAUCGUGGGGCUGGUGGCAUACAUCGCUUUCAAGAGGUGGAACAGCUGCAAGCAGAACAAGCAAGGUGCCAACAACCGCCCUGUGAAUCAGACGCCUUCGCCAGAAGGGGAGAAGCUCCACAGCGACAGUGGCAUCUCGGUCGACAGCCAAAGCCUCCACGAUCAACAGCCACAGACGCAAACGGCGUCCCUGCAAGGCCUUAAAGGAGAUGGGAACCUUUACACCAGCCUGCCGGCCAACAAACGAGAGGAGGUCGAAAAGCUGCUGAACGGAUCCACAGAGGAGACGUGGCGCCACUUGGCGGGGGAGUUGGGCUACAAGGAAGACCACAUAGACUCCUUCACGCAGCAGGAAUACCCGGUCCGCGCCCUCCUCUCUGACUGGUCCAGCAAGGACAGCGCCACCAUGGACGCCCUUUAUUCUGCCUUGCGUAAAAUCCAAAGAGGGGACAUUGUGGAAAGCCUGUACAGCGAGUCCACUGCUAGCUCACCAGUGUGAAGCAGGGAGAAGGGGUGGCGGUGCACCGGGUGGCCCCCCCUUGGAUCGCCCCACCUUCCCUCACUGGUGCCUCUUGGGAGAAAACAUGUGAAGGAAAAACAGAGCUUGUUCCUCCCCCUAAUUUCUGGGGUCUUGGAGCAAUCCUGUGUAUGCUGACUCGAUUGUCGUCCCUCUUCCCCACCCUAGUAUGUUCACCCAGUACCUGUUUGCUGGUAGCAGACUGCAGGAUGCUAAAAAAGAGGAAGGUAACUGGAGUGGGUUUUUUCUUUCUUUACGAAAUAUCUCCUGGGAUGGACAGCAGGGUUUUGCUGUCUCUGCCAAAACGCAGGGUGAAGAACUGUUUCCGGUCAAUGCCUCUCUUUCAGGUGCCUCUCUGACAUCAAAGCCCGUCCCCAUGUGCUUUUUUGCUUCCAUUCGAUGACGUUUCUCUUUCUGCACUCUCACUCACUUACGUUGAGUCACCAGCUCUUCUCUUGAAUGUUUCCUAAGCCAAGAAAUAGGGGGAAGCUUGGUGGGACACGUUGCAUGACUUGAAGAUGGUGGAAAGUGGACGAGUUCGGCCUAGGAGAGGGAAAGAGCAAGGAGGUGCUUCAAAGGCACCAUGGACCACCAUGUUUUGAGAGACUCUCCUUGAAGGGGGGGAAGGGAUGAUUUGUGACUGUCAAAACUGACGCUCUGAAGAUCAAACCUCAAAGGGUAGGGAUGGAACGAAAAGGGAUACAUGGGUUCCCCCUCCACAAACCCAUCCAUGCACUCGAAACAUCAAGCGUACUCUUGGUCUCUCUACCUUCUCUUUCUUGCUCUGAUGCACUUCUGUAGCUGGCACUGAACUCUCUUGCCAGUUUUGUUGUUCUUUGAUCAAAAGUGAGCAGAGUCCUUGAAUGGACAGCACUGACAUCAUGAGGUCAAAAGCCAUACUGGAAAGCAGAGCUGGACAAACUAACCCAGCCAAUCAAAACCAUACGAAUGGCUCAUGGGCAUGUGAAUUCUUGAUCACUGUGAUACUCUAAGCCAGGCCAAAUGUCAUCUCUGUUGUCAUCCCAGAUGUUGUCUUGGUGAAACGUUAGAAGUGAUGCCCUGCGUUCUUCCUCAGACUAGUGAACCAAUCACUGUGGGUUAUUAAAGCCAUUACCUCUGUUGCAUUAAAGCAUUGAGUCUUAAGGCCACCUUUGGUUGGCCCUAAGAUAUUGGGUGGAGGGAACAGCUCAGUUGGUUCUGUACCAACAUGUCGAAGCUAGAACUGGGUUUGGUGUUGUCUCCUUCAAUGCACCUCUGCUGGGGCUUGCUGGUUUUAUUCCCCCAUGGGUGUGUUCUUAAAAAAUGAUACAGUGUGGGAAUGGGAGGGAAGACUCUACAGGAGCUAAGCAAAGUUACCAGAAUUCCUUGAGCCAAUGAAAAUGUGAACUGAAAUUCUAUCACAUUCCGUGGCUUGAUAUAUAUACUACACUGUUUUUACUUUUCUUCUGAACAUGGAUUUAGAACUUGAAAGUUUGCUGCCUUUUAGGCAACUAGUUGGUCCAGUGACGAGAUGGACUCAUCUCUUUUGUUGCCCCUCUGAACUAGAACUACGUAGAGAAGGACGUCCUUCAAAGAAGGUUAGGAAAUGAGGGGAGAAAAUCCAAAAAGGUGGCAGGAGAGAAGGAAUCCACCCCCAUCUGCCCCAAACGGUGGUCAGGUAUGAUUAGACAUCUUCAGAAUCACCCUGGAAAAUUGUACUUUGCUUGCUUUGAAAUUGUCAGGUGGCAUUGUCUCAACAGGAAAUUCCAAACUUGUUUUGAGUUUGGCAUUAGGCAAAAACUGAGUGGUGGCGCUAAGGCAUUAGGCUCAGAUUACAGCGAGAAAAAGGAGGAUCCUGUAUCAUACCACACCUCUCAAUGAUGUUUGAAGGCUUCCUCCAGCCAACGGCGCCUUCCUCCAACUUCAGCAGCUUUUCCACUGGAGGAAGAGCCACUUUCUUUGAAAGAAGGAUCCUUAGGCUGCAUGAAGACUACAACCAGAGUGGGAGGACACAGGCCAGAAAUAUUCAAUAUACAGCACCCCAAGGAAUGACAUAAUGGGAGACCUCAGCAGGACAGGGUGGAAAUUUCCUUGAAAGAGAGGAAGGCUCCGCCAUUAGUGGAACAAAACCUUUGGAUCUGACCCAGCCACAGCCCUAGCUGAAUCGAUAUUGUUGUGGGGGUGGAUAUGGAUGAACCUGAUCAUGCUUGACCAGUAAGGACAAUGGAGUCAGUGUACCAAAGGAGUACUUACUGUGUAUUUGGGGACAUAGGAGUCCAGAACCAAAUGCUCUUUCCACCCAGGAAGUCAAGAAUGGCAAAUCUUUAGGCUAACAGUUAUGUGUGAUGGGGGAGGGACAAAGGGAGGGGGGAAAUGGGGCAUCAAGAAUCAAAACAUGGUGGGUUGCAUUGACUAAGUCAUAUGAACGAGAAUGGGCUCUGCUGUCCGAACCGUGUUAGUUUUAAAAGAAAUUUGCAUGGAAAAAGAACCUCGGGUGGUAUCCCGCCUUAGGCUGGAGGAAGUCCCUCCAGCACCAAGUAGCUCUUCCAUUGGAGGGGCAGCCCCUUAAGCUGGAGGAAGCCUUUUAGGCUGGAAGGAGGCUGCAAAGUUUGCUCGGUGGAGUGGUCAGACAAAGGCCAGUGUUUGGAAAGCUACAUUUCCCCAUGAAAUUUUGUCGACAUGUUUUUAAACUGUAUUCAGAAUAUAAGAAAGAAGGAAAGAAAGAAUUACGGCUCUUGAAAGAGACCUAAAACAGCCAAAGUUAAUGACCUUUUUGCCUUUUAUAUUUUUUAUUUUUUUUUACAAAGCGUGUGGGAGGUUUGUUCUGUGGAUACUGUCCCAUGGUUUGCCUGUAAUACAAAUGUCAGUUUAUUAGAAAAUUCUUACCGUGAAUAAAUAUUUCUGUAACCGAAGCUCUGGAUUGGUCUGUAGGCUUCACUGGGGUCAUCCAAAGACCCAUUCCCCUCAUGUUUCAGUUUGCAUGGAUGAAUGACACAUUGGGGGGGUUUCCAGAUGUGGGGGUGGGGGUGGAUGCACCUGUGUGAUCUUAGAUGAUUUUGUAGCGGCUGCGUGGACAACUGUAACUGUGUACUGUUCAGAUGUGAAUAAA